AUGGGUCCUCGAACCGUCCAUACAAUCGGAGGCCGCUACAAAAGCAUCAAAGCUGUGGAAGACGCGCCAUUCGCAGAGUUCAUCUCAGUGAGAGAGACCGGGCUCAAAUUCAACGUCGUCCACCCAGUCCCGGUCGCGUAUCUGCGUGACCUGCAGUCUCGCGAACGCGCUGCGGUCCACAAACAUAUUACCGCUGAGCUGUUUAGUAACAGCUACAAAGACGUCGAAUUUGUUGAAGCAGUAGAAGAAACCUUGAAUUUGUUGGAGAUGGUCCAACAGGAUAUGGAUCAUGAUCGCUCGACCACUGCGGACCUAACGGCCACGGAUACGACCAGUAACCGGACUUACCACACGGCAAGAGAGCAUCAGGAGUCCCGGGGCAAACAUUCCUCCAUGUACGUGGAGGCUGACACCAAUGUCAUGAGCGGCUCAAGGUCAGGCGCCCUUGGGCGUAGCCGGAAUAUAAAUAAAUGGAAGACUACCGUACCCCCUGGCUACCCUCCACCCCCCGUUAGUACGCCAAGCUCGGUAUUUCAGUCUGAGAGUGGUAGUGGAUCGCGAUCAUCUAGCUCCAGCAAGAUGCGAAAGCCGAGCAGGCACACCGACUUCCUCAAGGACGCAAAGCUCGACGAGAAGACACGCGUCAUAGUUGUGGAGCACAGCGCUGCGAGCCACGAGCUGGCGCUUCAAGAACAGCACCUCGCCAGUCUUGAGUCGCUGGCUUUGACCGUCACCAGCUCAGCUGCGCGGCGCGAUCUCUACGGCGCCAUUCGGAAAGCUCGCAGUGCAGUCGAGAAGGUGCGCGUCCUCGAACGCAAGUGCAAGGGCGCCUUGUCUGACUCCCGCGCGCUCGUAGUGGAUGCUCUGAAGCUCGCUGAUGAUCUGUGGGAGACGUCAGAUGCGGCGGCGGAUGAAGCAUCAACAGUUUCAUCGCCGACAACGAUUUCUUCGCGGACAACCGAUUCUUCGCGGACAACCGGUUCUUCCCUGACACAGCGGAGCACAUCUACUGCGCCAUCGGAACAAGACUCUUUGGUGCCGGCUCGCUUUCCCUCUGCCUCAGAAGUAGUUUCACUAAAGCAAAAACUGCAAGAGAUCGACGACAGUCUUUCCGAGUCGAUGAGGACUUUGAACCAGGUCAUCACUCAAUCACGUUACCGAGAGGGCGUAAUCGAAAGCAUAGACCGCGCACGGGCAUGUCUCGACAAAGUUCACAUCAGAGGAGAGCGCUAUUCGGGCUUGGACGACGAAAAGAUACGCAAAUUCGGAUUUGCAACGCUUGCCAUCGCUCGGACAAGGCAUGAGAAAGCUAUGCGCAAUCUGGAGGAAGCCAAACAAGAGGAACGUCGACUAGACGGCCCUAAGCAAGCAAAAGGUAGCGGAGGAACACGAGACACCGAGCGCCAAGAGCCUUUGCGAGAGGAUGAAGAGUUCGAUCGGAUGGUCCAUCGUUUCUCGCAAUUUGAUUGCGGGGACUCCGAGGAGCUUCUGCGUCAGCAACAAGAGGUUCUUCAACAGGUUGCUAACUACCGUGCCGCUGAGGCGUACAACAGACGCCGUCAAAUGGGUCAAAGGCAGAUUCUCUUCUCAGGCUGCUUGCAGGUCUACAGGCCCAACCUCUCCGACAGCAACAAGAUGGCUUCUCACAACCGCACACUUCACACCAUUUACGGGCAAUACCGUACUGCAGCGGCUGUCAGCAGGGCAGCUAAUGCCGAUUACAUCCCGUUGAACGGCGAUCGUAACAUCAAUGCCGUACACCCAAUUCCGAUUGACUGGCUGGACGAAGAGCUAUUGCCGAGCGAGCGCGAUCGAGUCCGCGAACAUGUUGCGUCUCUACUGAGUAGUCAGCGUCGCCAAAUUCCCAGUUUUGUCGAGGCUUUACAGGGCACCAUGGAGAAUCUGAACACCAUCAGGAAUAGGGGUACAGCCAGUCGCAGCAUUCCUGUGCGUCAAUCUGGAGGCGAGACUAUCGAUCGUCUGGCGGACGACUUCGACACUUUGACCAUGGGACAAGCGCAUGACAUCAACUCACCGUCACGUAACGUGCGGUUUGCAGAGACGCCGAAGCGAUUUUGA